CCAGAAUUGUGCGGACAGUAUAAUCAUACUGUCCGCAUAAUUCUGGGCUCGGCACGGACGAGCGACGCGACGGUCGCGCGUGCGCCCCCGAACCUAGCACUGCGCGCGAGGGAGAGGGGAGAUGAGUGAGGAAGAAAUGGUACCGAAAAAGGAAAGUAGGUGUGCGGAAGACGGAAGACGGAUGGCGAAGACCAAGUCACCAGUCAGGUGCAUGACAGCGUAUAAAUACGCUGCGUACUCGCCAAGUUCUGGUCCACACAUUUCGAACUUCACGCUCAUCGGCACCGGUUGCCAACUAUCGUUCUUUCCACGUCUUCGUUAUGCCUCGCCGUUCGCAUACUCUCCACGAUCUCUCGAUGAAGUUGAUCGACAGCGGUCGACUUCAACUGCUCGAAGUCCUAGGCGCAGGCGCCUUUGGAACUGUAUACCGCGCCCACGACCGCGACUGCUUUGGGUCGCCCACCUUCCGCGCGGUCAAGGUGAUGCACAAGGUCACCGACCGCAGGUCGGAACGAGGCAAGCUCCUCGAGCGCGAAAUCAUGCACCACACAUACGUCUCCGGUCACCCGAACAUUGUCAAGCUCCAUCGCAUCGCCCACGACUCCAACUACGUCUAUGUCGUGCUCGACUUCGUUUCGGGAGGCGACCUUCUCGGCCUCAUCCUGAAACACCGGAUCGCGAGGAACGACGAGCUCAUACGGACCAUACUUAUUCAAUUGGUGGAUGCCGUGUAUGCGUGCCACCAGAACGGCAUCUACCAUCGCGACAUGAAGCCGGAGAACAUCCUUGUCAACGAGGAUAUGAGCAGCGUCUUCCUGAGCGACUUCGGUCUCUCGACCAAGAGCUCAGGUAGGAGCAUCAUGUUCCGCGUGGGGACGGCGAACUAUAUGAGUCCAGAAUGCUACAAUGCGACUGGACUAUGGGACGACUACGACCUUCGGCGCAACGACAUAUGGGCAAUUGGGAUGAUCGCCGUCUGCAUGAUCGCCGGUCGUUGUCCUUGGAGACGAGCAUCCACCUCGGACGAGAAUUUCUGCGCCUAUGUCGAAGAUCACCGCUACCUUCGAGCGGUGCUGCCGAUCUCCGAGGAGAUGGACGAGAUCCUCAGGCGCAUCUUCACCAUACGAGAGGAGGAUUGCAUCGACAUCCUCGAACUGCGUCAGCUCCUAAUGAACGUCGAGACGUUCUACGUGACCGAAGCGGAGCUCGAGCACGCGCCCCCGCCAGUCAAGGCGAUCUACGAGCUAUACCCGCCAUGCCUGAACCCGGAGGGUGACAUAACGCUCGUCGAUGACGAGUCCUCGUCUGUCUACCUCUCGACGUCUGGAGAAACAUCCGGAUCUCGAUAUACCGAAGAACGCGCGCCCAGCACGUUCCCUCGUCCUGCGCUGGACAUCGACGCUAGUCCAUGCAGCAGGUUCGUCAACGAAUCGGAGCUGCCAAUGAUUCCUGAGGAAGAGAGUCCUCCCCCUCCCCCUCUCGACGUCCCUGCCGUCCCCGAACGUGCCUUCACCCUUGGUACCACGGGGUCCUGCUCGACAUGCGACACCUCCGACUCCGACUUCGAUUCAUCCUCUGAGGAGGAAAGCGACGGCCCUAUCACUCCCGAGACCCACGCGCAGGAUCCGGGUGUCGCCGUCCCAGAGCUUUCUGAAGGAGCGGGGUUGGGUGCGCAGGCGGUCAAGUUCAGCUUCGAACCGUUCGAGAAGACACGACGGAGUCUCACAGGGCCACAGUUCCGUGUCCUCAGUGGGUUGAUGGAGAGUGUCAGCCGCAUGCUUACAACUAUGUAAUGGACAGCCUAGAUCGGACUACACAUCUAUUACGCACAUUCGCAUUACAAUUUAUGACAAUGGUAUUAGUAGGACUCACUAGGAUCGGUAGAAUAAAAAUAUGAAGUUCAUGAAAUGCGUGCA